AUGCACUCCCGCAACAUUUCGCAGAUAAGGUACCUCGAGCCAGCAGAGCUCUUCCGCUGGAUCAAACAGGCGUGCGGCGCCGACAGCCAGCCGUUUCAGGUUCUCGACGUGCGGGGCUCCGACUACAUCGGUGGCCACAUCGCCGGUGCCUGGAACUACCCCUACCAACGCCUGAAGCACGAGUCCGCUGCGCUCGACGAACUCCGCGCGCAGCUGCUCGAGACACACGCCGCCGCCGCCGGCACGGGGCCCAUCCACUGCGUCUUCCACUGUGCGCAAUCGCAGCAGCGCGGGCCCGCCAGCGCCAUGCGCUUUCUCCGUGCGUUAUCCGACGGCGACCUGCCGCAGUUCGAAGUAUGGGUGCUGCGCGGCGGCUUCAACCUCUGGCAAAGUAUGUACGGCCGCGAUGGCUCAGUUACAGAAGACUACGUACCGGAUAUCUGGCAGUGGCAAUAG